AUGGAGCAGAAAAAUACUCCAGCCCACCGGGAAGCAGACGAGUCCGCGAACGAAUACUCAGAUCUCGCUUCGGUUCACUCAGACAACGAGACCAAGCAGCGGAGGAAACACAAGCGAGGUGGUCGAAAGACAAGUUAUGAAGAGCCAACCCCGGAGGAAACUGCUGGGCUGCUAGGACCAGAGGAUGAGAAAAUCGAGGAUGACUACAAGCCUGAUGAGGACGAAACUUGUCAGUAUUGUUCGCGGAAACCAAAACCAGCAAAGAUAGAACGCCAACCAAGAAGGAGGAUCCAAGAGCCGUUCGAGACUGGAAUACGGGCAUUCAAUGUCCGCAAAGCGGCAGGCAGUCGAAGACCAGUAGGAGUGAGAGCUACACCAGAGAAGAAGAGCACGAGAAAGCCAGCACCGCCCACAUUAAACAGAAAAUCAUCGUCAAAAAGUGACGACGCUGGAUAUGAAACACAAUCUGAAGGAAGCACAUCCAAGGCAGCGGAGCCGGAUGAGGUUUCUGAAGAAACGGAAGAGGAGUCAGCAGGAAAGCCCAUGUCAAUACGACUGGAUCUCGACUUGAUGAUUGAGGUGUUCCUCAAAGCAAAGAUUAAGGGAGCUGUGACUAUUACGUUCUUGGAAUGA